CGAAAGUUACAACGAAGGUAUCACGUACAUAGAAAGCAGGCGAGCUUACGACAACAUACUGUAUGUGAUGGAUCCUUCGGGAGCAAACAGCGCAACUUAUGGAAAAAAAUAUUUGGGUGCCGAUUUUUCAAUCGAGAUACAAGUGGCUUUAGAUGCUGCCAAGGAAUUUUCCGAUACGCACCCUAGGUUCAUAGGACAUAAAGCCAUUGGUUAUGCAAGCAGAAGCAAAAAUGAAACAGUGUUUCAGAGAGCUUUGAACAAAACGAUAAAAAUGUUUCAGAGCUACCCCCAACACAUGAUCGGAUUCGAUGCCGUUGGAGAAGAAGAUGCUGGAUACUCGUCGUUGAAGUUCAUCGAUGAGUAUUUAACCAACUUUCAAAAAGGCGGAAUUUCUGUUCCUUUGUACCUUCACUCCGUAGAAACGAACUGGCCGAUCGACCUGAUGACUUACACGAAAGAUGAUGACAUAGUGCCAACGUUGGAGAAUGCUUACGAAUCCAUUUUGUUGGCCGCGAAAAGGGUGGGCCACGGCAAGGGCUUCCUCAAAAUGCCCUACCUGCGCCAAAUAAUGAAGGAGAGGAAGGUUGCCGUUGAGGCUUGUGUUGUUAGCAAUCAAAUUCUUGGAUACGAUCCAGACCUACGCAACCACUUUGCACAAGUUUACCACAAGGAAGGCAUCCCAAUCGUCCUCGCUCCAGAUGAUCCUGGCACGAUGGGAUACGAUACAGUUGUUGUCGACUGGUACGUUGCUUACGUGGGAUGGGGUUUAGAGCUUGGUGAUCUGAAGAAGAUAGCCCUCAACUCUCUCGUCUACAACGGAUUGACUGAUGCCGAGAGAAAUGUUGCCAUUGAACAAAAGUGGAGACCAUCGUGGAAUGAGUACAUAACUAAGAUGAAGAACAUCGCAUGUGCAAGAGACUUCGCUGCCGAAGCUGCCAAGGAAAACAGGACUGUGAAGUUCGUGCGACUGUUGCCAACUGAGGGCUACGAAAGCGGAAACGUGCACGUGUACGGUCGGAACUUUGAAGUUGCCAUCUGUAAGGUACCGAAAUGUCGAUUUGAAUCGAUUGGCGAUGUAAACGCCAUCUACAUAUCAGACAGGCACAUUGUAUGCCCCGCUCCCAAGUGCCCCGCUUGUGCUGGCAAAUCAACGAAGGUCAGUUUGAAGGUAGCCCUGGAUGGAGAUAAUUACAAGCAGACCAAUCUGGAUUUCACGCUGACGUUUGCGGCGGCCGGGAGUAAAAGUUCCUUUACAGCGUCCAUUUCUAUUACAAUAAUUGUAAACUUUGUUUAUAAAUUACUUCCUUAAAAUAUGAACAUCAAACGUUGAGUUGGUUUUUUAAAUGUUCUUAGCGAUGAUUUUUAAAAACUUGAGCCUUUGUGGACGAAAAUAGAAAUAUACAAUAGAUUUCUUUUGUAAAUGUGCAAGAAAUAUGGGAUUGGGAUAUCUGUGGUUAUCUUCACGGUGAUCUUCUGCCAGAUUUCAGAUAAUGUCAAUAUUGCCAAAAUAACGCUACGUAGAAAUAAUUAAUCAAAAUUCACAUUGCUCUAAAUGGAAAACUUCUUUUAUUUCCAUGAGUUUAAUGUGAUUAAUUGUUAGAUAAUAAUUGUUAACACAGGUGACUCCAUUUAGUUAUUUCCCGGUAGCUAAUCUUAUUUAAACAGUUUUAUGAACUCAUUUCACAUUAGUUGAUAUUUCGUUGAUACUCAUCCAUUAAAUGAUAUUUUUAAAGGUAUUUUGCAACAUUUUAUCGAACUUGAAUCAGUUAUUUUCGCUAUUAAUAAUAUUUCCUAGUAUGAACAAUUUUAUUAUAAUGCAUAUCAACAAUAUUUUUAAUUUUUAUACAAAUAUUCCGUGCACCGUAUUGUUUGUAAAGCGCUUAUUAUGUCCGUAAAAUUGAGACAGUAGAUAUAUUCAAGCCGUCUCAACAUUCCUAACAUAGUCCAUGACUUGUUAUUUCACAAUAAAUCUCUCUUAUCCCUUAGGUAAAUGUUGACUACGCAUCUAGAGAACUGACUACCUUUAGGACAACAAGUUUAAUUACGUUCCGAAUUAAAUAAAUAAAUGUUAGAAAGUGAAACAAA